UUUAUUAGAUCAACUCAAUAAAUUACAAAGUAUUCUUUGUAUACUUUGUAUUAAAUGUCUGACGAUGAAAAUGACUAUAUGUCAGAUAAGUUUUUAGCUCAAGAUCAUAAACCUGGCUUGAUGCCAAAAAUAUUUCUUCAAAAACAUAAAAAAAUUGAAGAAGGAAAGUUAAAAGGAAUUCAAAACAAAACUAAGCCUAUCAAAUUAACAGAGAUUGAAAAGCGUAAUGAAAAGCUAAACGAGGCGUUAGAUGAAACAAACAAAGGGUUUGCACUUCUUUCCAAGAUGGGUUUUAAGAAAGGAAUGGGACUUGGAAAAGAAGGUCAGGGGAGAUCUGAACCAUUACCUUUAGAAAUUAAAGAAGGUCGCAAAGGUUUAGGAACCGAAGCCGAAGAAAACAUGCGUAAACAAAAACAGGUUGAUGCUCUUGUAUUUAUGUCAAAAAAACGAAAGAUGGUUGAAGAUACUCUUAAAGGAGAUUUUGAACAUAGGAUGAAAGAAAAAAUAUGUGAGAGACAAGUUAAUAGUGAUCUGUACAAAAGUCAAAAGGCAUGUCAACAUCUUGAUAAUUUAAAGAAUUUAGAUGCUGCAUAUUCAUGGUCAUGGCCAGCAAUUAAAAAAGAAACAAAUGAGGAUGAUACAGAUGAUGAAGAAGAUGAUGACUUUGAAGAACCUGAUAUUUAUUCAAAGUUGAAGAUACUAACCAGCUAUCUGCGAAAUACACAUUAUUAUUGUAUUUGGUGUGGUUCCACAUUUAAAGAUUUGGAUGAAUUAAACACUUAUUGUCCAGGAGACAACUUCGAAGUGCACGAACUUUAAAUAUAGAGCCAAGAUAUUGAAGUUUUUUAUCUACUUUUUAAUAGAUUAAAUAAAUAUGUCCGAUCUUAAGAAUAA